GUCAGAGUUCACCCUCGUUUCACGCAGGAGGCAGGACCGAAGUUCAGUUUGGGAUGCAACUGUUCCUCCCGAUUCUGCUGCCAUGGAGUCCAUACUGGGAUCUGAUCAUAAAAGGUCUCAAGAUUCAAAUCCGUCUGCAAUGUUCGCACUUUGGCCAGUGGACCUCAAGUUAACUCAUUUGGACUGGAACCCUGAAGCAACCCUGAUACACUUCCAGGCACAGUACCCGACCAUAUGUGAACUUGACUACAGUAUCUUGCAGGGAGAAAUACAGAACGUCACAAAGACUGAAGCUGAAGUGGUUAUUGGAGAGUUUUGCCUUGUGGAGGAUUUGACUUCAGCUCGCUGGUACAGGGGAAGAGUUCAGGACCGAAAGGAUGACUUGUUUGACAUUUUCCUCAUUGAUCAUGGUAACGUGUUGAGCGUCGGCUCCAACCACGUUUCUUCCUGUUCGAAUGACCUGUUCAUCCUUCCCCCGAAAAUGGUUUGUGGUUUUCUUGCAAAUGUGCUGCUGCUUCAGAGUUGUUCUAACUCCGUGGUUGAGGAGUACUUCUCAAGCCUGAUUGGCAGAAACGUCACAGGUUACAUUCAAGCACUGCUUCCCGACAAAGUCCUCCUAUUGGAAGCUCCUGACAUCAACAGUGACCUUGUCAGACAUGGCUUUGGGAGGCAUGUGGACACUGAUACAUUCCUCCUCUUGGUAGAGAUGCUUACAGAGAUGCCACUCAAACAGAACAAAGAGCCAAUUCCUGACUUACUCAUUGAAAAGCCAAGGGGUCAAGAACUUUGCUUCAGGCCAGGUUUGCAGGGAUAUGAACGCAUUUUCUCAAUCUAUGGGCCAGCCUUGCACAGCGGGACAUGUGCUAAAGUGAGAGUAACUGCUGCUGUCAGUCCCAGGCUGUUUUAUUGUCAGAUGUACAGUGUGGAAGCAGAUCUCUGGGAAAUGUUAAAGAAAUUGAGUGCGUUGUUUGAAUACAGAGCCAAAGAAAGUUAUCGGACACUUCUGGAGAACCUGGAUUUAUUGUGCACAGUUAAAGGCAAAGAUGGGAGAUGGUACAGAGGCUUUGUGCCGUUCCUUCCAGUCAGUUCUUGGGUUAGAGUUUUGUUCAUUGACUAUGGAUUCUUUGAAACUGUCAAAGUUGAGAACAUCCACAGGUUGCCACCUGAACUGUAUUCAACACCAAUUAUGGCGUUCCCGUGCUCGCUUGCAUGCCUGACUGAUGAGGAUAAAGUGCUAAAAGUUCAGCAGUUGUCUCUCCUGAAAUCAGGCUUACUUGGAGGACUGUUAAACGUGGAGAUCACUAGAUAUGAUGAAGAACACCACGUGUACUGUGUCACUGCAUUUAGUGCUGAAGAUAAUCGUGUGAAGGAACCAGAGCCUGUCAGAAACCUUCCCGUCAUGAAGGCUGACUUUGUUCCUGAGGCUGAAAAGUUUUCACCACAGGGUGGCUACUUGUACCAUGAAACAAUCAUGGGCGAAACACUGGAGCAGAUGCUGAAAGUAGAAGAAGUCCAGGUAGGCUCUGUGUUUGUGGGCUAUGUUGAACAUGUCCAAAAUCCAAACCAGUUCUGGAUCAGAACACAAAAGCGCAAUGAGGAGUUUGAAGAAAUGAUGUCAAAGAUGGCAGAACACUUCCACCGUGUGAAGCUGGAUGAAGACGUACUGUUGAAUCCUAAACUUGGGACACUGUGCUGUGCAGUUUAUGAGGGAGACAUGCAUUUUUACAGGGGUGUAGUGACGGACACUCUAAAGCAUGGAGCUGAAGUUCUGUUUAUUGAUUUUGGGAACAUUGAAAAAGUGCCAUACAUGUUGGUCAAGAACAUUCCCGAGUCAUUUGCCAGAAAGUCUGCGUUUGCCAUUUGCUGUACUCUUUCUAAUAUUUUUCCUCUGGAGGACGUAUGGACCAGCACAGCGUGUGAUUUCUUCAGAAGAGCUGUGUCAAAUAAAGCCUUGCUAGUCCAUGUUUUGCAAAUGAGAAAAAGCAAGUUUGCUGUUGACGUCUUUGAGAUGGGAAGUGACAACAGUCGGAGUAUUGCUGAACUCCUGGUCUCUUCCAAACAGGCUGAAUACAUUCCCAUUGAGCACUUGGCCCAAAAUAAGGCAGAAAAGAUGAGGUGCCCUCAGAGCAAUGAGAGAACAAACAUCAGUGGGGAUAAGGGGCAGUGGAAGGAUUCUAAGGAAGGAGAGAAGGCCUGCAAAAAUGAACCUGAGAAAAGUCCAGCCCUGAGUAGCAUCAAGGCAUUAAGCAUCAAGCCUGGGUGUGAGUUUGCUGUGCAUUGCUCUUACAUCAGUUCUCCGUCGGAUUUGUGGUGCCAGCCACAAGACAUGUUUCCAGCUUUGGAGGAACUGAUGGAUAAAAUUCAGAAAUAUUAUUCAGCUCAUAGGGUCCCCCUCCAGUCAGGAGAUUCAUGUUGCAUUGCCAAGUCACCUCAUGAUGAAAGAUGGUACAGGGCCUUAAUCACUGAAAAACAGAAAGACCAUGCCACAGUGAUGUUGGUUGACUGUGGGCGUACCAUCCAAGUCAGGGAGCACAGUCUACAAGCAAUGAUGCCAGAAUUUGUUCAUUUGGAAGGACAAGCUUUCAGGUGCAGUCUUUACAACCUGAUCGAACCUGCUGAGAACUCUGGGGAUUGGAGUCCAGAAGCAUGUAGGCUGCUGAAAGACUUUGUCUCCCACAGCAAUGGAGCUCUAAAGUGUGAAGUUUUCUCUCAGUUAAAUGUGAAAAACAAAGGGCUGUGCAAUGUUGUUGAUCUCUACAACAUCCAGAUCCAUCAGAGUGUGACAGAAACACUCAUAGAACAUGACCUGGCAAAACGAGUAAUGGCAUCAACAAAGCAACAUUUAGCAGUGUUUCCUGAAUCUUUUAUCUACUCUUCACAUGAUCUACACCCAGGAAGUGAAGAACAAGUGUAUGUGACCCACGUUAACAGUCAGUGUGAGGUCUACUGCCAUCUUGAGAGAAACACUAACAUCAUCAAUGAGCUUGAGAAGAAAAUCUCAGACGAGAGUAAAAAAAUGACGCAAGCCAGUACGAGAGCUGUUGUAAGGAAGCUGUGCCUGGCAAAAUACUUUGAUGGAAAAUGGUACAGGGGUAUGGUGCAUCCUCUUCAUUCACCUCUGCAUCUCAGUGUCUUUUUUGUGGAUUAUGGAAACACAAACAUAUCGGAGAAAACCAAUGUCAUGUUCAUCCCCAGGGACGCCGCCGAUUUGUUGCACACGCCCAUGCAGGCUGUGAGAUGUUGUCUCCAUUCAGUGUCCAAGGAAGAGCUCUACGCAGAUGUCAAGGAGUGGCUCAACGAGGCAGUCCUCAAUAAGGAAGUGAAAGCUGUCAUACUUGGAAAGAAUGAAGAUGGUUCAUUUGAUGUAGAGCUGUUUGACGGAGACAUAAACAUCAAUGAGAAGGUGAAGGAGCUCAUUCUCAGUCUAUCAAGUAAGCAAUCAGCUAUCAGUCUAUCAGGUAAGCCUGAGAAUGCUAUUAAAUUUGACAUGGUCAGAACAACGGUAAAACGUAAAUCUUACUACAAAAGAAACACAGAGACUGUGUUCAAAUACCAGAAUCAUCCUAAAGGGAGGAAUUCAUAUUCUUCAACACCUUACACCCACAGAGGCACAAAAGAGACAAUAAAUAACACAAAAAGCCUCGUUAGUGGUAGAACUCAGAACAAGAACACAAGAGUAAGAGCACAAAAUGUGGACACGUCGCGCACCCGUUACUCUGUGAAAUCUCCGAACUCUCAGGUGAAACGACAAAGAGAGGCCCAGGAGCAACCCCAAUGGAGCAAGGCAACAGAAAUCACCCAGCUCUUGCUGGACAAGAAGAUAUGUGCAGGCUUCAGGGCGAAGUGUUACAUCUCACACAUUGACUCCAUUUACAGCUUUUUUCUUCAGCUGUCAGAAGAUGAACCUGCCAUCUUGAAAAUGGGUGAAGCUCUCAGCUCAAGUACCAUCAGAGACUCCUUGAAGGUACCCACAAAACUGAGAAUCAGUGAGGUUGUUUUGGCUGAGUUUGAGGAGGACGGUGCCCUUUAUCGUUCAGUUGUGAAGAACUUUGCUGGCAGUUCGUGUUUCAAAGUGGAGUUUGUGGACUAUGGAAACUCAGCAGUCGUUACGAAGGAAAAGAUCUUCUCCAUCCCAAAAGAGCAUCUCUCUCAUCCGAGAUUCAGCAUACCGUGCUCGCUGCUGGAUACGAGCGCAUUCACAGAUGAUGCCUCUUUCACUGAUGCAGUAAUGGAGAAGCUGCUGAUGGUUGACUUUAUCCAGCAAUGUGGAUCUAAGUGGGACGUUAAGAUGAAGGUUCUGGAUGGAGAAGUUGGCCUUAAUGCAGCGUUGUUAACUGAAAAGAAGAAUGAGUCUCCUACUUCUGAAGCUACUGAGAAAUUGAGGUUCCAUGAACAGAAUAACCUUGAAGAAGAAGCAGCAUGCAAGGCUAAAAUAAAGUCUGAAAAAAAAAUGGCCACUGUUGAAGGUGAAAACGUGACCCCUAAACCAACACCUGUCAAGGUGUCAGUGAAAAUAAGGAUGAAAACACUCAGGCACCAAAGAAGAAGACUCACCAGAACCAAGGGUCAGUUAAUGAAGAGAUUUGAAGAUGCAUCCUUUCUCCCAUCUGUUAAAGCUAGAGACACGGAGAAUGGAAGCAUUUUGUCGGUCCGGAAUAAUGGCAGCUUUUAUGUAAGACUUGCUCGGACCAGUGACUGUCUCACUGCGUUGGAACACCGUAUUGCAGACAGCCUGUACAAGUGCAAGAUGAUAGCAAGAGGGGAUAUCAAACAAGGCCUCAAGUGCUUAGUUCAGAUCCAGAAGGGGGACAAAUGGCACAGGGCCAUAGUUCAUCAUCUGAAUGAGGAAAAUUUAGAGGUUUUCCUGGUGGAUCACGGAAUAACAGCGGAAAUCCCAAGCGGAUCUAUUCGACAGCAGUGUAGCGACCUGUUAAAAAUCCCGAAUCUGGCAAUGUUGUGCAGGAUGAACAUGCUUGGGUUCAGUGAGAAAGACGAAGACCACAGUCUCUGGUAUGAAACUCUAAAACCCAUGGUAGGCAAAGAAGUCAGGCUGAUUUUUCUGCAUUAUUUCGAAGCAGAUGACCUCUGGAUGGUUGAGAUAGUCAUAAACAAAUUGUUCCUUAUGCAACAUGUUGAAGGCUCACUGCAGCAAAAUAAUGAAAAGAGCCCAAUACCUGCUGAAAGUCAAAAUGAAGACACUGAAAAAGGACCAACCUUGGACACUUGCUCUCCUCAGCAGCUUGUUUUUGCUCCUGUUGAGACAAACAAAUCAUAUUCUGCCUUUGCUGCUGUAGUCACAACUCCAUUUGACUUCUGUGUGUCUCUAGAACAUUUGCUUCUCAUCAUGAGCAAAGUGUCUUUUGAGCUAGAUGACCUGUACGGGGAGUUGACGCCUCUUCCUGAAGACCACAUUGCCCCUGGCACCUGCUGCCUGCUGAAAUCAGACUCCAAGAAGAAGUGGUGCAGGGCUGAAAUUGUUCAUGUCGACACCACGGUGGUCCUAAACCUAGUGGAUUAUGGCCAUUAUGAGUGCAUGCCGUAUGAUGAUGGCUCCAGUCUGAAGAAACUUCCGUCUGCGAUAACGAACCUCCCAAAGGUCGCUUACCCCUGCAUCCUGAGAGGGGUGAAGCCAGUGGGGGUGGAUGGAGAGUGGCCAGAUGAGGCGGUGGCUUUCUUCCAGCAAUGUUUGUACGAGAAGAACCUCCAGAUCUUCUUCAGAGAGUUUAUGUCUAACAUACACUGGAAGGUGGAUGUUCUCGUAGAUGGAGUCCAUGUUGCCAAGAUGCUGGUGGAUGCUGGACAUGCCAGCUAUGUAGAUGUCAUGCUAAGACUCAGGUUCCUCGAGCAGCGUCAGAGCCCUGACAGUGAGGAGCAGUGUGGGCAGGAAGAUGAAGGCUCUGAUGAAGAUGAGGGGACGGUGGCCCUCAGCACUGUGUAAGAGAACAGAGUUUGGACUUGUUUUGAUGAGACUGAUCUUGUAGUUUAAAAAUAUGAAUACAAAGAUGUGUGUUCUUGUUUCUAAAAUUUUGUCAUUGUUCCCUGAAGUUGGAAUAUGUGAAUUUUUUUCCUCGUUACUUUAAAAGUGAUACGAUUUCUUCAAAAAAAAAAAAAGAAAAAAAAAAGAAACACUGAGUAUUUUUGUCAUUUUCUUUUUGCAAAUUUGGGACCUUUUUCUAUUAGAAUUACAAUUUUUUUUCACAUAAAUUUGUUUCUCAGUCUCUUGUAAAGUUGUCUUUUUUCCCCUCUAAUUUUGUGGGGUUUUUUCUGUUCUUUUUUCUCAUCUGAAAUUUGUCCCCUCUUUUUAUAAUUUUCAGUUUGGACUUUUUUUUUUCUCUCUCUCUCUUUUUGGUGAAUCCCAGUUUCUGAGUGAACUCGUACAUACUGUCACCAGUGGAGCCUUGAUGAGUCGGCAGUAAUGUGCAGUAACACUAAAAACUCAGUGUGAUUAUUUUCUUCUGUUACAGGUUUUUCUGUGUAAAGUUUCUGCUCAGUGUGGAUUAACAAGCUUUAAUUUACUUUAAGAUGUUAUUCUGGAUUUUAAAACUUGAUAAUUUUGUUUUACAAACUUUUUGAGAGCUUUUUUUGCGUAAAGUCAGUAGAGCCAUUUUAUUUUCCUUAAAAAGAAAUUUGAGUCAUGAGACCAGCUAAAAUUAUUUUAAUGUUUGUUUCCUUUUCAAGUUAUUUUAUCUGAUUUGAAGGGCUCUUUAUGUUAAAUUGUUGUCAUUUAACAUAAAUGAGAGCUGCAGUUUCUUCCUGAUAAUUCAAACUAAACAUGUUGUACCAAAGAAAGUUUGUUAUUAAAUUUCAUGCAUUGUGCAUUUUUUUGUUUUAGUAAUUAGCGUCCGGAUUAAGAAAAAAAUAUUGCAGUCACUACCUUGUAAGUGCGCCUGACAGUUUGCUUUGAGCUUUGUAU